UCCAUUCCAGCAGCCGUUUCUACUAAUAAUCCUACUCCAACUCCAACAUUUUAGCCUUCCUUUUCGGUUGGCCGGCUGUCUUAUUUCCUAUUCUUGUCGUUUCAAUCACAAUCUUAUCUGUUGCUCGGUUAAUUAAGUCGGUUAACAGAGUUCCAUUCCAGCACACGUUACUACUCUAAGGAGGAUUCUUGUUUUAUAAAUAGUAAAUAGAAUCUGCCUCUCACUCUCAUUCGCAUACACACAGCAUCAUCAACACUACACUUGGUCCGAUUCAACACCGAGAAAUCAUUASGUGCGUGCGUCUGCAACAAACAAAAUGGAUAUGGUGUUAGUUAUUCUUUCCUUCCUUUCAAUCUUUUCCUUCACUGUUUCCUUCGGUCAAUUAGAUGAUUACGAGUGGCCUGGACCUGAAUAUUCCGUUGUGGGAGAUCCUGGUAUGAGAAAUUCUAACCUUAGAUUGGCCAUAGACUCAUGGAACUACUGUAACAAGGUUGGAUMUGAAGCUCCUAAGAUGGGGAGCCCGGCUGCAGCUGAUUGCUUUGAUGUCCAUCCUAAGACAUUCUCUGUUCAUCAUAGAGUCACAGAAGCCGAUAACAGAUUAAGUGUUGGAAACCCUUUUCCUAGUUCAUUCAGGGGACAAGAUUUGUCUCAUCUUAAUGACCCAGAUUUGUAUGCUGUUCAGAAGGAACUGUAUCUUGGUUCCAAGUGUGAGGUACAUGGGAACGACCUGAGGUUUAUUUCUGACUAUUAUCAGUUUUGGAUGAUUACUCUUAGAAAUGGUAACCUAGACACACAUGCUGGAUUGUGCCCCAGUAAAGGAAGGAAGGUUGGUCCCUUUGAACAUUCAGAAGGUGGACUCUCAUGUUUUGGAAAGGGGUGUAUGAAUCAGCCACUUAUGUUCCAUAACUAUACCAGCUUGCAAACUGUUGGAAAGGAGAAUUUUCUUAGAGGGAGUUUCUUUGGCACCUAUGACUUGGAUGUUGAUUUUGGUAAAGGAGUAACACGUAACAUUUCCUACUACUCUGUGUCAUGGGAAACAAACUUUCCAUAUGAGGCUUACCAUAGUUACUGUGCACCUAGCAAUGCUGGACACCUUCAAGAGCUAUACCAACUAUGCGACCCUUACAGCAAUCCAAUGCCACAGGAGAUUAUUAAGAUACUACCUCAUCCGGUUUGGGAAUCAUAUGGAUUCCCAAAGAAGCAAGGAGAUGGAUGGAUCGGUGAUUCAAGGAAGUGGAAGCUAAAGGCUGGACAAUUGGCAUUCACAUUACCUUUCUAUCAGGAUCCAGGGACUGUGCCUAURGAUAGGUCUUGGGACUCUAUUGGCGUUGGUACAGAGGUUUUCAUGAACCCUGAUCAAGUUGUAGARUGGACUAUCAGUGACUUUGAUAUCCUGAUGCAUCCAAGGCCACAUGAUUAG